AUGGUAGCUUCGCAACGAAGAGGCUGGACUUUUGGAACAGACUUUGAUAGCACCUUCCUUAAAUCAUCCAAUCCAACUUGCUGGCGCGACUUCCUCUUCCAAAGUAAGAAGAUGCCACAGGCUCUAAUAGCACCGGCGCCUACAACGUCGCUAACAACACCGCCCGCAAUUGUACCAGGAGAGGUCGACAAGCCGGAACUGUCAGAACUGGAUUCGAUUGACUUUGCAGUGCUCAUUCCCGCAGCCAUAGAUCUCUUGGAAGUCCCUACUAGCCCAGAUCCCACGCUGAUGCUAGCUAUGAUGAUCUCGACAGCAUAUUUAGGGCUAUAG